AAUACAAUACUGUAUAACAUAUGUAUUGAAUUGAUAGGGUAUAUGACCAAAGCAAUGGACAACAACUUUGUCGAUGAAAACUGUAUUUUCUGUCAAAUAUCUAACAAUUUGACAAACAAUUCACAACUAUUAUAUGAAGACAACAAUUUGGUGAUUAUCAAUGAUAUUAAACCAGCUGUCGAUCAACACUAUCUGGUCUUACCUAAGAAACACAUAACAAAUAUCAAGAAUAUGAAGAAAGAGGAGAGCAUUCAAAUAAUCAAUAAUAUGAAGACAAUUGGCGAAAAUUUCAUGAAAAGUAAAGGUUUUACAGAUGAAUCUCAGUUGAGAAUGGGUUAUCAUUGGCCGCCAUUCAAUAGUAUAUCACAUAUUCAUUUGCAUCUAUUGUAUCCCAUCCGACAAAUGUCUUGGAUAUCUCGUGUGAUAUUCAAAACGGGAAGCUUUUGGUUUGUUGAGAUUAAUGAUUUAAUUCAAUGGCUUUCAAAGCGAUAACAAUUUAUAAAUAAAAUUUUAUUAAUUAAGUAUAAAUAAAGUAAUUAAAAAUCAAGUAAA